AUGUUUCACUCUCCAUAACUGACUUCUAUUUUCAAAAGAAUAUUUGUUAUUAUCAAAACUUUUUUCAUCAAAUUACAAUUUAUAUAUCUCAUAGUUAUAGGCCACUUAAAAUAAAUGCAUAGAGUAACAAUUCAUUUAAAUAAUUGAGAAAAAUGAAGAUUCAUCGAUUUAUGUUAGUUUAAAUUCACUUGAGGCUUAAUAAAAUUACAUUCAGAAUUCAAAUAUUUUGAAUACUAAAAUUAAUUAGUAAUUAAGUCAAAUAAAUUUGGUGAUUACUAACCUUCUCUUCAAUGAAAUUGCAAGUAUAGAUAAUUCAAAUAAUAAAUAAUAUCUCUUUACAAUUAGUUGUUUUAAAUUACAAAUCUAGGAUUUAAGUUUCCAAAACUUAAAAAACAUUCUCAUAUUUAACAUUUUUUAUGGCAAUGAUAUUGUAUUUUCAAAUGUAAUUUAUGAAAAUUCUGCUUAAAUAAAUUAAUUGUCAUUUAAGAAUGACUAAGUUAAAAAUUAUUAAAAAAAUCAGCUUUUGAAAAUAGAGAACUUUUAUGCUUUAAAUAUUACUUCCAUUUAGAUUAUCAACUAAUACACGAUUGACGAAUCUGUUGUGGAUUUAUAAUAGAAAAAAGAGUUUUCUAAUUCUUCCUUACUAGAAAUUACGAAUCUUACAUUUAUUGGAAAUUUAAAAUUAUUUAAAGAAUCAAAACAAUCCUUUUCACUUUUAGUUAUCAAUACAGAAUAAAUUGUGAAUAUUUUGGUAAAUAAAAUUUAAUUUUCUGAAAAUUGCUUUCAUUCUUUAGUUGAAAGCAAUUUAUAAUCUUACGCCUCAUUACUUUUCUUAAAUAUUCAAUCUAGCAAGAUAUAAAUAUCUAAUUUUGUCUCUUAAUAAAAUGCAUUUACUAAUUCCUAUAACCCUUUUGUUUAUAUACAUUCAUAAACCGUAAUUAUGGAAAAUUUACAAAUUUCUAACCACAAUGUUCUAACCUAUGAUCUUUGGGAAAAAUUUUAUGGUAUAAAAUUGAAUUAACAUCUUAAUCAAUAACAAAUUAAUCAGUUUGCUUUUGGAAAUUUUAAUAUAAAAAAUAUAGGAGGAGUAGGUUAAAUAUAGCCGUUUCAUAGGUUGUUAUUGCAUUUUAAUAUUCAAAUUUUAAAUAUAAAUAAUUUAAUCAAAUUGAAUAAUAAAGAUUUAAAUCUGUAAUUGCAGCCUUGUUCACUUGUGUAAAUUGGAACUUUAAAAAUAUCCUAGCAUCAAAGAGUGCAAUUUUUGAAAUUAAGACAUAAGAUUUUGGGAUAAUAAAACUAAAUUAAAUUUUUGCAAAUGAUAUGAUAAGUGACUUGAAACAGUUUUCUAAUAGCUCAGGUUGUAUUAGCAUUUAUGCGGAAAACAGUCAUUUAGAUUUUAAACUUUAGGAUUCUAAGUUUCAGAAUGUUUUUAAUCGAAUGUCUUCAUCUGUUCUAUCUAUUUAACCAUCAACCAUUUCUAAUAUGAUUAGAUUGAUCAAUAUUUAGAUCUAUGAUUGUCUAUCUUUAAUGAAUCAAAUACUUUAAGUGUCAUUCUCUAAUAAAAUCUUUUAUAAAAACUAUUUAGAAUUAAGAAAUAUAAUGAUAGCCCAAAAAAAGGAAUCAUGGAUAUCAUUAUUUUCUUCACUUGGGUAUCUAAGUUUAACGGAACUAUUAGUUAUUACAAGUAGCUAAAAUUCAUUAAUUUUUGUUGAAAGCUCUUCGAUAUAAAUGACUAAUGUUAGUUUAGAAGGUAUAUAUUUAUCACCACUUUUGAAUAUAUUAAAUGCACCAAAAUUAACUCUUGAAAAGAUUUACAUCAAUUAGCUACAAAAACUUUACUCCUUUCAAUUAAUUUUAAUUAAUCAAAUGAUAGACAUCUCGUCAUAAACUGUGCUACAUUAAGUUAAAAUUUACAAUAGUUCAAAAUUUCAAUCAGGGCUAGAAAAAAUAUUACUUUAGGACUUCAAUUAUAUACUUAAUGGGAGCAUUAUAGUUGCUAAUUAAUCAAAAAGCUCACCAGAGAGUUAAACAUUCUACUACUUUGAUGAAAUACUUUCUAUAAUGGAUAAACAAACAUAAGCUUAAUCUUCAUUAAUUAAUAUUAAAAGUCGAUCAAGCUAGAAUUCUUUCUAUUUUAACCAAAUAGAUAUAGAAGAGAAUGAUUGUACGCAUUGCACUAAUGGAUUAAUUGAACUUAAUUUACUAAAAUUUUAAAAUUUCAAAAUUUAAGAACUUAAUUGUAUUACAAUAAUAUAAAAUAAUAUGGAUGUUUAAGAAUUUUGGAUGAUAAUUAGGAAAAACCAGCUAUUCAAUUAUUAAGCUCUAAUUUCAUUAAAAAUAGUGGAAGCUAAGGCGUUGCACUCUCAUUGAGUAGUCCAAUCAUUAUCAAAAACUGCAAAAUAGCAUAAAACAAAGCCAGCUUAAGAGGAGGGGGGAUCUUUUUAUAGUUGAAAAGUGAUCAAUUUAUCAUAAAAAAUUCCAUCAUUAUUUACAAUCAAGCAAAUGAAGGAGGAGGAAUAUAUUUUAGUGGAAACAAUAAUUUGAAUUAAAAUAAUUUUAUUUCAACUUAAUUGGUUUUUAAUGAGGCUCAUUUAGCAUUAUUUAUAAACUCUGUAGAAAUGCAGGGAAUAAAUUUACCUUCUUCAGAAACUUAAACCUAUAUUCUAAAGAUUUUUCCAUAUUUUACAAUUGAUCAAGAAGUUAAAAUACAAACUCAUUAUUUAAUGAUUCCUAGUGGUCAAAAAAUUCAGGGCUUUUCACUUUAUAUUCCUAAAUAAUAAUAAAAUUAUAAGUAGAUUAAAUAGUUAGAAUUAAUGUUUAAGAAUAAUUUAAAAGAGUUGCAGAAAAAUCUUAUUAAUUCAACUUGUUUUAUAAAAGAAUGGAUUAUGAAAAUGAAUGGAAAAAUAAUUGAUGGAAACAACCAAAAAAUAAUUUAAUUGCCUUAUAAUAUUGAAAAAAAUCACUUUGACCUAAGUUCAAUUUCUUUUUCAUUCGAUCCAUACGAUCGAGAGAACACGUAUUUAGAUGUCGACAUUACUUGUUCUACUUCAGACUCUGAAAAUCCUUUAAAAUACAUCAUUUAAGCUAAAAGUUAUAAGUGUCAACUCGGAGAGUUCUACUUCGAUAAUGGAUGUUAAACAUGCGAAUCAAAUCAAGGAUUUUAUUCUGUGACAUAUGAUACAUUUAAGUGCUCAAUAUUUGAUAAGGAGAAAUUUUAGGAGAUAACUUCAAAUCAAAUCAAAUUAUAGCAGGGCUAUUGGAGACCAAAUUAUUUAUCGGAUUAUUCCACCUUAUGUUUUAAAAUAACAAGGUUUUGUUAAGGAGAGUGGGGUGUUGCAGAUGAACUAUGUACUGUAGGCCAUAUUGGUGCUUUGUGUGAAGAAUGUGAUAUUUAUGAUAUUUAAGGAAAUGGAAAGUUUAUAAAAAAUUAAUAAAAUUCUGAAUGUUUUCUUUGUUUUGGAAUACAAGNUAAUGGAUAAACAAACAUAAGCUUAAUCUUCAUUAAUUAAUAUUAAAAGUCGAUCAAGCUAGAAUUCUUUCUAUUUUAACCAAAUAGAUAUAGAAGAGAAUGAUUGUACGCAUUGCACUAAUGGAUUAAUUGAACUUAAUUUACUAAAAUUUUAAAAUUUCAAAAUUUAAGAACUUAAUUGUAUUACAAUAAUAUAAAAUAAUAUGGAUGUUUAAGAAUUUUGGAUGAUAAUUAGGAAAAACCAGCUAUUCAAUUAUUAAGCUCUAAUUUCAUUAAAAAUAGUGGAAGCUAAGGCGUUGCACUCUCAUUGAGUAGUCCAAUCAUUAUCAAAAACUGCAAAAUAGCAUAAAACAAAGCCAGCUUAAGAGGAGGGGGGAUCUUUUUAUAGUUGAAAAGUGAUCAAUUUAUCAUAAAAAAUUCCAUCAUUAUUUACAAUCAAGCAAAUGAAGGAGGAGGAAUAUAUUUUAGUGGAAACAAUAAUUUGAAUUAAAAUAAUUUUAUUUCAACUUAAUUGGUUUUUAAUGAGGCUCAUUUAGCAUUAUUUAUAAACUCUGUAGAAAUGCAGGGAAUAAAUUUACCUUCUUCAGAAACUUAAACCUAUAUUCUAAAGAUUUUUCCAUAUUUUACAAUUGAUCAAGAAGUUAAAAUACAAACUCAUUAUUUAAUGAUUCCUAGUGGUCAAAAAAUUCAGGGCUUUUCACUUUAUAUUCCUAAAUAAUAAUAAAAUUAUAAGUAGAUUAAAUAGUUAGAAUUAAUGUUUAAGAAUAAUUUAAAAGAGUUGCAGAAAAAUCUUAUUAAUUCAACUUGUUUUAUAAAAGAAUGGAUUAUGAAAAUGAAUGGAAAAAUAAUUGAUGGAAACAACCAAAAAAUAAUUUAAUUGCCUUAUAAUAUUGAAAAAAAUCACUUUGACCUAAGUUCAAUUUCUUUUUCAUUCGAUCCAUACGAUCGAGAGAACACGUAUUUAGAUGUCGACAUUACUUGUUCUACUUCAGACUCUGAAAAUCCUUUAAAAUACAUCAUUUAAGCUAAAAGUUAUAAGUGUCAACUCGGAGAGUUCUACUUCGAUAAUGGAUGUUAAACAUGCGAAUCAAAUCAAGGAUUUUAUUCUGUGACAUAUGAUACAUUUAAGUGCUCAAUAUUUGAUAAGGAGAAAUUUUAGGAGAUAACUUCAAAUCAAAUCAAAUUAUAGCAGGGCUAUUGGAGACCAAAUUAUUUAUCGGAUUAUUCCACCUUAUGUUUUAAAAUAACAAGGUUUUGUUAAGGAGAGUGGGGUGUUGCAGAUGAACUAUGUACUGUAGGCCAUAUUGGUGCUUUGUGUGAAGAAUGUGAUAUUUAUGAUAUUUAAGGAAAUGGAAAGUUUAUAAAAAAUUAAUAAAAUUCUGAAUGUUUUCUUUGUUUUGGAAUACAAGAUACUUGA